AUGUGCUUCUGGAAAAUUGGCUCAACGGUUCCAAGUUAUCCAUGUCCUCUUUGUAUCAUAAACUCUAUAGUUUUUCCGCCAAAAAAGAAACCGUUUCCACUUCUGAGACUUCCAACUAUUCCAUUGAGGCUGAUAACAAAAAUGAUGAAUGCAGAGGAGAUACUAAACCUAUCCAUGUGCUCUUAUCGAUUGGAAUUCUUUCUGAGAGCAUCCCGACAUAAGAUGGUCUUUUUCAGUGUUCAUGUCAGUCAUCAACACAUGUCAUAUUCAUUGGAAACACCCGAUACUAUGGCAAUGAGUUUCAAAAUAGGAGUAGGGAAGAAACAAGUGAAUUAUGUGGACAAGAUGGGGUUGCUGAGUGGGAGUUUGAUACAAGAGAAUGGUUUUAUUCGAUUCAAUCAACCAUUUCUACCAGACGAAAUGCUCAAAAUCUACAGAAGAAUCAUUUCACUGUACACCCCUUCAUUCAUCAGAUGGGUAUUUCAUUUCAAUGAAUUGCCAAUUGACAAUUUCUUCCGUUAUUUGAUUAAAAAUCUGACAGAGAUGAGCAACUGUGAUCAAACAAUGUGUCACAAGUUCUCACUUCAAACAGGUAGUUUAAGAAAUGAAACUUUGAUGGAGCUGAUGGAUUGGAUACCUGUGACAGCCAAAGUAGAAAUCGAUGCAGACUUGUCGUUGGAUUUUAAGCAUGCCAAUGCAUUCAAAUAUAAAACAAUCGAAUAUAAAGAAGGACGAUGGGCAACUCUCGACGACUUGAAAUCCGUGAGAAAUGAAUGGAUUGUAGAUCUGAAAUCAACUAACUUUGACUGUCAUGACAUCAAUGAAUUCCUUAAAUACUGGGUUGAUUGUGAUGAGGCAAUACUGACAAGACUGACAUUGAAACUGAAGGAAGGUACUGUAAUCGAUGAGGCUGUGCUCACUGACCAGUUGACUAUUUUACUGUAUUAUGAAGAUGAAUUGCCACAGUUCUUCAUAAAAGUGAAGAAAAUUGUAAAUGAACAACUAGUGGUCGGUCACUUUGAAACGAGUGAGAACAACAUUGUCAACUUCAAUGUGGGACCACCUAACCAGGAUCCUGGAAUAUACGAAAUUCUUGUGGCAAUGGAGAAAGUGAAGGAGUUGGAGGAAGAGUUGCUGAGAAUAGAUAGAGGAGAAGAGCCAAAUGAAGGAAUCGGAGAGAGAAACAGGAGAAAACGAGAGAUAGAGGAGAAGCUGAGAGAAGUGAGAAGACGGAUUGAUAAACUCAAUGAAUACGGUCUCAUACUAGUUCAUCUUAUGUUUGGAUGCUCUCAGGAAAUGUUCCAAUCGAUAUGA